UCGUUGCCCGCCUCGAUCGGCUCAGCUCAGACAGCUCACAACAACCCAGCUUCAGCUUCUGCUUCAGCCUCUCUCGCUCUCUCCAUGGCCGACCGCGUCCACCCCAUGCCACCGCCCACCUCCUCCUCCCCGCCUCGACGACCCGAUCAACAAGCGGACGCGGACGCUGCUGCGGCGCUCACGGAGACGACGCCGCUGCACCCGUCCUUCCGCCGCCCUUUGGCUCCGCCGCCGGGCACCUACAUCAUACAGGUCCCCAAGGACCAGGUCCUCCACGUCCCGCCCCCGGACCGCGCCCGCCGCUACAGGAAGCUCGCCGCGCGCCCCGCCAGACGCCGACUCCUCCGCCGAGCCUGCUGCUUCUCCUGCGCUGCCGUCAUCAUCCUCGUCCUCCUCGCCGCGGCUUUCGUGGGCGCCGUGUACCUCAUCUUCCGGCCCCGCGCGCCAUCCUUCUCCGUCGCGUCCAUCUCCAUCCGCGGCCUCGACAACCCCACCCUCUCCUCGUCAUCCACGCUCUCCCCGGAGCUCGACGCCGGCGUGCGCGCGGACAACGGCGCCAACAAGAAGGUCGGCAUCGACUACCGCGACGGCUGGGAGGUGGCCGUUUCCUACUCCGGUGUGCGGCUCGCGUCCGGGGACUCGCCCGCGUUCUACCAGCCGCCAAGAAACGUGACGGUGUUCCCGGCGGCGUUGAGGGGCCAGGGGGUGAGCUUCACGGAGGAGCAGAGGAGGCAGCUGGCCGCUGAUCAGGCGGCCGGCGCGGUGCCGCUGACGGUGGAGGCAAGGGUGCCGGUGCGGUUGAGGUUCGGGAAGGUGUUGCGGACGUGGACGGUGGACGUGAAGGCGAGUUGCGACGUGGCGGUGGACAAGCUGGCAGGGAACGCGGCGGCGGCGAACAGGGGGUGCAGGGUCAGGGUCAAGCCGCUCUGGUGGUGGUGGUGAUCGCCGGCGCCACCGCUAGCUCAUGCGUGGGUAAUGCUGCCGCUUAACAAUGCAUUGAACACAGAGAUUAAGUCCUACUUAGUAUUCCGCCUGUGAAGUAAAUUAAUCUCAAUGUCUAGAGAAUUUUUGGGGUGUAUAUUUUGGAAUCAAUGUGAAGACUGUCGGUUAUUCAGUAUACAGAAUUCUCGGUUGCACUAUGUCGUAACUGGGGUGAAAUUAAUAU